UUGGUUGGAUUGGAUUAGCACUCGACCGUUGCCGGCACGUGAUUUGCUGUAGAGUGAAUCAAAACAAAUUGCAUUUUUCUUCGACGUUUUUUUUAUUCAUUCGAGUACUUGUCGGUUGAGGUUGUAUUCGUGUGAGAUGAUCAAACGCCAAGUUCAGGCCGCGGAGUCCACGGCGUUGCUGGUAUCAGUCGUAUUGUGUCUGUCGGCUGCAUCAUACAGUAUGGCAUCAGAGUUGAAGAUCGCGCAACUACCCAGUCCACUGUCCCAGCUCGGGGAAGGACCAGUCUGGGACACCGAUACACAAAGUCUGUUCUAUGUGGACAUUAUGGGGGCAGCCAUACUCCGUUACGAUUACGCGGAGAAUAAAACCUACAGUGCGACAAUUGAUGGUGUUGCCCCAAUCUCGUUGAUUAUUCUUGUCCAGGGUAAGCCGGACCAGUACGUACUCGGAACUGGGCACACGUUAACGCUCGUUAGUUGGGAUGGUCGUUCGGAGAAGGCUACCUUCGAGAAGACGAUCGGUGAUCUGGGUGAGUCGGAAAAGCAUGUCCGUUUCAACGAUGGGAAGGUCGAUCCACAGGGACGUCUGUACGCUGGCACUAUGCGGUUGGAAUCGAUGGGAGAUAUUUUUGAUCAAAAAGAAGGAAAAUUCUAUCGAUUCGAUGGAAAUGUUGGUGGAAAAUUCUACGAACAGAAGCGUGACAUAAGUAUCUCCAACGGAUUGACAUGGGAUGAACAGACGGGCAAGUUUUAUUACAUUGAUUCUGCGGCGCGCGAUAUAAAAGAGUUUGACGUGUUGGAAAAUGGCGAUUUAAGGAACGAAACUGUUCUGUUUGAUUUGAAAGUUGGCGGUAAAAAUCCUGACUUCGUCGCGGAUGGGAUGACUAGUGAUGCGGAUGGAAAACUGUUCGUUGCCACCUGGGGUGGAUCAAAGCUUCUGAAGAUAAAUCCAAAGACGAAAAAAGUUGAACAGGAAAUUCCUAUUCCUGCGAAACAAGUAACAUCGGCGGCGUUUGGAGGUCCUAAAUUGGAUGAGCUGUUCGUAACUACUGCCCAUACUAACAAUCAAGACGCACCGGCAGGAGCGCUAUUCAAAGUGUCCGGUUUGGGUGUGAAAGGAAAGGAAAUGUAUAAAAUGAUCCUCAAGGAAUGAGGCAGUGGUUUUUAUCUUUCAUUCAAUAAGGCAAUAAACAUAUUGGUGCUAGUCUAGUUUGAAAAAUA